AUGGCUGACAAAAACGCCAUCCUGUCGGACAAUAGCCAGGACGAUACUAGCGAAUACCAAUACCAAGACCCAUCUCCAGGAGAUAGAGGAGUCUCCUCAGGAAGUUACCAAACUGUACCGGAAAUCAACUUCCCUGACGACAGGUGGAUAACUGAGAUCAGGUUCAACAACGAGACGGGACGCAAUGCCUUGUACUAUGCCGCGUGCAAUCAAUAUGUUGAUUAUGAGAUCUUCAUGUGGCUUCUUGAUUACUUCGGUAACUGGACCCAUGAUGACUUCAAACGGCUUAGCGUACACAUCCAGAAAAAGAUCAAGGACAUGCUAAUGGACCGAGGCAUCUUUGUUGAUUAUAUUGGCAGGAAAAAGACGAUUGCAAAGGCACUAGAUGACUUAGUGCAGAUGACUAGGAUGCCUGAGUGGCCGCAUGAGAUUGCUGCCGCCAGAACCUUUGACUCACGGUUGAAGAUGGCCAAGGGUCAGUUCCCUUAA